GGCGACGGGCCAUCGAUUAUUUAAAAAUAAUGCCGUUCGAAAAUAGAACGCGAGGGGGAAGUGAGAAAUAAGUCAAAGAUGAGUUAUAAGUGCAGACUUACUAGUCGGUGUGUCCAACCGCUGUUCCUACUCCUGCGGACAUGUGUGUUUGUGUGUGUGUGUGUGGACGCCUUCCAAGAGCAGAAGUUCGCGAUGGAGCCGCAGGAUCAGACAGCAGUAGUGGGCUCUCGAGUGACCCUGCCCUGUCGUGUAGAGAAGAAGGCAGGUCAGCUACAGUGGACGAAGGACGACUUCGGUCUUGGACUUCAUAGGGAGCUCAGUGGGUACGACCGGUAUAAGAUGAUUGGAAGCGACGAGGAAGGCGACUACUCGUUGGACAUUCGAGACGUCACGCUGGACGACGACGCAAAGUAUCAAUGCCAAGUCAGCUCAGGAGCGAGGGGUGAGCCUCCAAUCAGGUCACGCUAUGCCCGUUUGACCGUGCUAGUGCCUCCCGAGCCGCCGAAAAUACUGCAAGGGAGUUUCUACUCUACCACCGAAGACAGAAUAAUCAAAUUGGAAUGCGUCUCCGUCGGCGGCAAGCCCCCUGCUGAGAUCACAUGGGUGGACAGCAAUGCGGGCGUUUUGACGCAGGGAGUGACGUAUACCGUGGAGCCGCUUUCGGAUGGACAGAGAUUCACAGCAAGGUCAAUAAUCAAGAUGACGCCGAAGCAGGAGCAUCACAACCAGACGUUCACAUGCCAGGCGCAGAACACAGCGGACAGAGCAUACAGAGCGGCGAGCAUACAGAUAGAGGUGAAAUACGCACCCAAGGUCAAGAUCCACGUGAAAGCUGGCAGAAGGGUUCCCGAAGGGUCUGAUGUGGUUAUAGAGUGCACAGCUGAAGCGAAUCCGAACAAUCUCACAUACAAAUGGGUGAUGAACGAUUCCGUUGUGGGCAACAGUUCGGUACUGCGAAUACCGAACGUGUCGAGGGACUUCAACGGAGUCGUCAUCAAGUGCAUGGUCUUCAAUGAGGUUGGCAAAAGCGAGGAGACAGAAACUAUGGAGGUUACAUAUCCACCAUCAUUCCGGAAUAGACCAAAGGACGUGGAAGCAGAAGUGGGGAAGCAGGUCACCCUGAGCUGUGAUGUCGACGGGUUUCCAGCUCCGGAGAUCAGAUGGCUGCAUUACGAAGAAGAUACCAAUAUUCGUGUGGGCCGGACCUCCAAUCUGACGCUGACGGUGGACACUCAUACCUCUGGCCGAUAUCUGUGCAAAGCCUCCGUCGAGGGCUACAAGGAGAUUGAGGCUGAGGCCAGCAUAUUCAUCAAAGGACCUCCAAAAAUCCUGUCCAACAACACCCAGUUCGGGUCGCAAGGUGACGCCGUACAUAUAGAAUGUGCAGCGUUCUCGGUGCCUAAGAUAGACAACAUUGUAUGGACGUUUGAGGGGAAAGAGAUUGAUACUUUACACGAUCAGGACUACGCCUUCCUCGAGGAUCUUCAGCCCGGCGGCAUCGUCAACUCCACCCUCAUCAUCAGAGACAGCCAGUCACGUCAUUUCGGCGUGUACAAGUGCAACGUGUCGAACGACUUUGGAAGUGACACUUUGGAGAUCGUCUUGCAGCCUAACAAAUCGUUUCCACUGCUGCUGAUAUUGUUCGGAGUGACGUCUGGUACAAUCAUGGUGGCUGCUGUGAUUAUGCUGGUGAUACUCUGUCAGAGAAAGCAGAGGAAGAACAAGCAGCAGGUCACGGAGAAGCCAGACGUGACAGUGACCACAGAAGACCUCUACAAGGAGAACGAUAGGAAUUCAAAUAUAAGUGAUCUGAAGCUGGAGCUACGACAAGCGAAUGGAAGCUGUGAAAUUGAUUACUCAAAUACUGGUUCCGACAGUACGUUAUGUUCGAAUGCCAAACUCGGUAGCGGUAUACCACUGGCUGGUACGGUACCACUUACCACCAUCAAUCAGGGUAACACAUAUCAACCGUAUAGAUAUAGCAAUGACUAUACAGAUCCAGCUUAUGCUGAUUGCUAUAAGGUAAAUGGCAUAAGCAAUGGAUAUCACACAUACGUCCACUACGGUCAUGAUUAUACUCCUGGCUCACUGAGGGUACGCUCUCCAACGUUAGGCAGUGAGAAAUUGACGCCAAACAGGUCGAUCAACGGUAGUUUACCAAGAAGCAUAGACACACCAUCAUCAGCUCAAUACAACGCGAACGGAUCACAAAAUAACUCCCUGCAGCGUUCAACAAAAAGGCUAGACAGCAGCGGAACUCUCAGCAAUAUUGCACAAAAUGGCGAAGCAGGCAGCAGAGCCCCCAACGGCAUCCUGCCCGGCGUCGACGUGCGCUACGCGGCGACGUACGGCAACCCGCACCUGCGAGCCCUCGCCGUGCACACCGCGGUGCCGGCCGCGACGCCUGCCCCGCCGCCGUAUUCCGCGCUACGGAACUCCGUCAUAAUGCCGUCGGGUACAUCAUCCCACUCCAUCACGUCGCCCACCAGUGGGGCCUCGCCUCAUGCCACCAGCCCCGUCACCAACUCAACACUGUCAAAUGACAGCGCACAACCGGCGUCCGUAACCCCCCAGUCGCCGGGCGCACACUACAUACUCGCCAACAACAGGGCAAUCACAAACACUGUUACCAAAAAAGGUAACAGCAACCUGCAACCAUUGGCAACGCAUGUAUAACGUGUAAGUCACUCUGAAAUGUCAGAAACGGACUGCUGACUGUUUAUACUGUAAAUAUCGAAUUUAUUUGGCUAAGUUUCCUUAAAACUCAGUAUUUUAAGGAAAUGUAAUGCAUUGUGUUCUAUUAUAUUAUUAUUCAUCAAUGAAUCUCUUGAAAUCUUCAUUAUUUAUAUUUGUUGAAACUACAGCUGGUUUGACACGCCUGAAAAAAACAGCCUUUUAGUUGACAGUUGUGCAAUGUACUGUUCUUUACAUAAAUAUGAUUGCAUGCAAAGUGUUAUGUCCUGUGGCUAAAUGAAAUUGUUUUCCUUAAAAGUUAUAAUAUAAUUAUAAUGAUUGUCUAUUAGAGUCUUGAAUAGUUAGCUAGAAAAUUGUUUUUAGUAUUUUGAGAUGUAAUUAGUAAGAAUUUGUAGGAAUUUAAGUCAAUUUU